CAACACAACACCGAUUCGGCUCAUGCUCCAAAAUUUAGAAAUGGCGACAACCAUGGAGAUCGACGACGACGAGUGUGAUUUGCCAACCUCUAGCAGUGGAAAAGGCGAGAAGAAGCGUUUUGAAGUGAAGAAGUGGAAUGCAGUGGCAUUAUGGGCUUGGGAUAUUGUCGUGGAUAAUUGUGCUAUAUGUCGUAAUCACAUCAUGGACCUCUGCAUCGAAUGUCAAGCAAAUCAGGCAUCUGCCACAAGUGAGGAGUGCACAGUAGCUUGGGGUGUCUGCAAUCACGCCUUUCAUUUCCAUUGCAUCUCACGUUGGUUGAAAACACGACAAGUCUGUCCACUAGAUAACCGUGAAUGGGAAUUUCAGAAAUAUGGUCAUUAACCAAAUACAAUCAACUGAGCAAAGUCAGCUUUUUCAGCAAGUCACGUUGAAUAUAAUUUUUAAUUGUAUACUAGAAAAUUAUUUUUUUAUAUGAAGUAUAUAAUAAAACAAAGAUUUGAAAGAAACAACAAAAGAACAUAUGCACACGAAA